CUAGGAGAUCAUCGUGUUAGUGACGUCACAGCAGCGUCCUCUGAAGUGCCCGUCAGUGACGUCACGUUGAAUGUUCAGAUCAACAACUAUGAAGCUUCUUCCUCUCGUGUGUCUCUGCGUCGUGACUCGGUCUGGAAUAACGUUUGCUGAUGAAAACGGUGGAGUGGUGGUGAAAGAAGACAGUGAUGCUGUGUUACCGUGUUCCCUCAGCACCAAGGAGAACAUCGAGACGAAGCUGUUUGACUGGAAGAAAGACGAUCACAAGGAGGUGUUCAUGUACGACGGAGGAGAUUAUUACGCUCACGGCCUUUCAGGUCAAGACAAACAGUUUGAAGGUCGAGUCUCACAUUUUAACGACGAGCUGAAGAACGGUAACGCCUCCAUAAAGAUCAGGAAGACCAAGGUGGCCGACAGUGGAAACUACACCUGUUUUUUUCCUCGUCUGCAGCCGAGUCAAAUGUUCCACAUUGAGCUGGUUGUUGGUGCUAUCUUAAAGGACAGAACACCUGAAAAAAUCCAAGGUGCUGCUCCAGAGCCGUAUGUCACCAUACUCGAUGAAUCAAAGGACUGGUCUCUGCUGCAGUGUUUAGUCAGAGGAGCUUCUCCUCGACCUAAAGUGGAGUGGAGGGACAGUUCUGGAAACAUCCUUCAUGCUAAAGAAGCACAGGUCACAGAAAGAGGAGGCAGCUACGACAUCAUCCUCCAAACCACUGUGACCAAGACCGACCACUACAGCUGUGUGGUCACACAGGACCAGAUCAAACACCACACUGAGGCAGAGACCUACGUUCACAUCAACGGAGCAGCUUCAGAGCCGCACGUCAUUGGUUCUCCUGCCGUCGUUCUUUUGCAACGACGCCCUCGUUUUAAUCCACCCAGACACGGCUCCUUGGAGGGGGGGGGGGGCUGUGACUCCUCUUCAACAUGGCGCUGCUUCAGAGCCGCGUCACCACCUCGACAAUCAAAGGACAGGUCCUGCUGCAGUGUAGUUUAUGGAGCUUCUCCUCGACCUAAAGUGGAGUGGAGGGACAGUUCUGGAAACAUCCUUCAUGCUAAAGAAGCACAGGUCACAGAAAGAGGAGGCAGCUACGACAUCAUCCUCCAAACCACUGUGACCAAGACCGACCACUACAGCUGUGUGGUCACACAGGACCAGAUCAAACACCACACUGAGGCAGAGACCUACGUUCACAUCAACG